AUGGAGAAAUCUGCGACGCCGACGACCGGAAAGGUUAGCAAUCACAUACCUGACGAUGUUGCAUUUUCCAUUCUAUCAAAAUUGCCUCUUAAAUCUUUGCAGCGAUUUGAAUCUGUAUCUAAACCAUGGUCAUUGUUAUUUCAAAACUCUUAUUUCAUGAAAAUGUACCGCAACCAUAUCAUAUACAGAAAUCAUUCUGGCUAUGAUGAUGCAUCUCUCAUUUUACGGCAUACUAUUGCGGUUGACUACGUUACGCCUUUGGUUGAACCCCUAAUUCGGUCCACAUUUUAUUUCAUUUCUGGUGAGAGAUUUGAGAAUAGGGUUAAAUUAAAUAUGUCACUCCCAUUUCAAGUGCUUGGCCAAGAUAUUUAUAUUUUGGGUUCUAUCAGUAUCAAUGGCUUUGUUUGUCUUUCUAAUGUACCGGAUGAUGAGAGGAAAGCUGUAUUGUGGAAUCCAACUACCGAGGAAUUCAUUGUCAUUCCUUCUAGUCCUGUUGAGUCGUUACCGUAUCGGAAGUUUGAAGCUUUUAUUCAUGGGUUUGGUUAUGAUCGUGUUAGGGAUGAUUAUAAGGUGAUUCGGUAUGUAGUGUUUGAUAGCCUAUCUUUCUAUGACGUUAUGUUUAGGGGUUUGUCUGAGCAAGAGGCUUCAUGGAAAGAUGUACCUAUGGAACCCUUAUGGGAAAUAUAUAGCCUAAGAAGCAACUCUUGGAAGAAACUUGAUGUUGACACGUCUAUGGUGAUGUCUCCUGAAACAAGAGAAGAAACUGUCCGAUUCUACAUGGAUGGAAUGUGUCAUUGGUGGGAUAAAAUUGAAAAAGAUAAUGAUGAUGGUGGAACAUAUUUUGUUUCAUUUGACGUGACCAAUGAGGUGUGUUUUACGACACCCAUGCCCUCGGAUAUUGAUCAUACUUUUGAUAUUAGAUUGGUGAAGAGGCAGUUGGUGAUGUUAAAUGGGUCCAUUGGUUUGAUAUCAUAUAGCGGAGAGACGAAUACUCUUCACGUAUCGAUUUUAGGUGAAAUUGGUGUAAAAGAAUCUUGGACUAAGCUCUUCAUUGUUGGGCCAUUGCCUCAUGUUAAGUAUCCCAUCGAAGCAGGGAAAAAUGGUGAUAUAUUCUUCAUAAAAAAAGAUGGAGAACUGGCUUGUUUUAAUUUAGAUACACAGACGAUUAAGGAGCUUGGUGUCGAAGGAGACAUGAGUCAAAUAGUUGUGAAGAAUGAAGCAGCCAAGGAAAUAGAAAGGGAAGCAGUAGUAACUGUGAGUAAGGCCCAAGGAAUUGAGGUAGCUGCAGCGGUGGAUGCUUACCGUGUUUAA